CCUGCACCGGGAAGGAGCCCACAGCCCUGCUCAGGAGCAGAUGAAGACAAACCUGUCUUGGUUGCUGCAGCCACCAGGUUUGUUUUAAUGUGGAAGUGGAUCUCAGAGCUUAAUGCAAAAAAAACAAACAAAGGAAAAAAGGAUGUCAAGCGUGGUCUUCCUUGAUUUUGAUGAAGGACCACUGCAAGGAGCCAUGGACAUUUGUCGUGAGUUAUAACACCGUAAUUUGAAGAGUCUAGUAUAAAUGUACUUAAUGGACAGACCAGCAACAUGGAUGAUUUAGAGAUGAAUACUGAAGUUACUGGUGCUAAAGAAGAAGAAGAGGAAAUCCUAUGUGAUUUUGUAUCUGAGGAGGAAGGUGGCAUUCCUGAAUCGCAAGAGAGUGACGCAUUGUUUCAGAAAAACAGUACACUGACUCUGCCUGAGGAGCUAUCCAGGGACAGAUCUGAAAAAGCCUUAAGUGGAGGCCAGACUUCUCUAUUUAUACACACUGGUGCUCCUACUGUUUCUAGUGAAAACUUUAUCUUGUCUAGAGGAACUGCUGUUAAUGGACCAGUUUCACACUCCACCUCAACAAAAACUUCCAUUAUGAAUAAAGGCAGUGUUUCACUAGCCACUGGACAGCCUGUAGGUCAUCAUACAGAUUCCUGCUCAACUUUGACGGUGGUUCAUGAUCUUCAGCUGCCUGCAAAGAGUACAACAGAAAAUUCAAAUCAGCACCAAGUUUUAUUUUUGUUACCUGAUGUAGCACAUGCUAAGAACGUGACUCAUUCCAUUAAAAAUUUACCUACCUCUGCUUCAGUUGGUUGUGACUCACAGAAAUCAGUAGGAAAUAGUGUAGACAGCACUUUAGUAGGCCAAGUAGAAGUUUGUGAGGAUGACAAAAAUUUACUGGUAAAAGACGAUUGUGUUGAUGCAUUAACAGGCAUUUCCUCAGGUACAGGUGGUUUCAGAUCGGGAUGUGAACCCAGCUGGGAUCCACAAAAAGAGUUUAUACAGUUUCUUAUGACAAAUGAAGAAACAAUAGAGAAAUCUCCCAUUCACUGUAAAGUAGGUUUAGAAAAAAAGAGAAAAAGAAAAAUGGAUGUUAGUAAAAUAACACGCUAUACUGAAGACUGUUUUGGUGAUACUACUUAUAUUCCUAGUAAGUCAAAACUGCUAACUGUUGACUUCUUAGAACAGAAUGAGGAGCUACAAAUAGUAGAACCUCAGAAAUACUCGUUGAGUAAAGUAAAGCCUGAGUCCACAGAUGAAGAGCUGGAAGCUGUUGAUGCUAUCCAGCAGCUCAUUUAUAGUCCCACUGGUAGCUGUGCAGAGGAUGCUUCUCCUGUUCACACUAGCACUUUUCUUUCCAAUACUUUAAAAAAUAAAUGUGAACAGAAUGAUUCUGAAUCACCAUCUACCUUCAGUACCGAUGAACCAUCAUUUUAUCCCUGUACAAAGUGCAAUGUGAAUUUUAGGGAGAAAAAACAUCUGCAUAGGCAUAUGAUGUACCAUUUAGAUGGGAACAGCCAUUUCCGACAUCUCAAUGUCCCCAGGCCCUAUGCAUGUAGGGAAUGUGGGAGGACAUUUAGAGAUCGUAAUUCACUUCUUAAACACAUGAUCAUUCACCAAGAACGAAGACAGAAACUGAUGGAAGAAAUCCGCGAGCUGAAAGAGCUUCAGGAUGAGGGUAGGAGUGCACGGUUACAGUGCCCACAGUGUGUAUUUGGUACCAAUUGUCCCAAAACAUUUGUGCAGCAUGCAAAGACCCAUGAAAAAGAUAAAAGAUACUAUUGCUGUGAGGAAUGCAAUUUCAUGGCUGUGACAGAAAAUGAACUUGAAUGCCAUCGAGGGAUUGCUCAUGGAGCAGUAGUCAAGUGUGCUGUUAUUGGUAGUGACAUGUCCCAGAGGAAGUCACAGAAGAAGGCAUCCAUGAAAGAUCCAUAUUUAGGAUCCUCAAAGAAGUCGUCAACGUACAUGUGUAAGAUGUGUCCAUUUACAACUUCAGCUAGAAGCAUUUUAAAAAAACACAUGGAAUAUUUGCAUCCAGCGUCUUGCAUUGAUCCCUUUGGUAGCCAUCUUAGACUAGAAAAAAGAAAAAGCAGCAUAAUAGAAGAAUCUUUAGAUUUUGGUAGCAGGACAAAACAGUUGAUAAAACAAUCUUCUACAUUUCCAAAGAACUCAGUUUUAAAACAAGAUGUAAAACGAUCAUUUGGCUCUACUUCACAGUCCAGUAACUUCGGAAAACUUCACAAGAGACCCUACAGGAUACAGAAGGCUCGGAAAAGCGUUUCACAGUCAUCUAGACUUAACUCUGCUGAAAAAAAAGACAGCUAUGAAACAGAGGAUGAAAGUUCAUGGGAUAAUGCUGAACUGUGUGAUUACACAACGCGGUCUGUGGAGGAUGAAUCUUACAGUGAUAUUAAUCAGGAGCAUGUAAGCCUAUUCCCUAUAUUCAAAGGUAAAAUGGAAGAUCAUGAAGCUGGUGAUAAAUCUUCACUUAGUUAUGAGCAGAAUGAUGGCUUUUAUUUUGAGUAUUAUGAAGAUGCUGAGAGUAGUAACUUCCUGCAUGAUUUGCAUGAUGCACAGAAUUUAGAAAAUGUAGGAUCAGCGUUGCCAAAGCAUAAUUCAGUUUUCCAUUGGACUGAUUUGUCACUUGAAAAGAAGUCCUGCCCAUACUGCCCAGCAACCUUUGAAACAGGUGUUGGAUUGUCCAACCACGUCAGAGGACAUCUUCACAGAGCUGGAUUAAGCUAUGAAGCCCGUCAUGUUGUUUCACCAGAACAGAUAGCAACAAGUGACAAAAUGCAACAUUUUAAAAGAACUGGAACAGGAACUCCUGUUAAACGUGUUAGAAAAGCAAUUGAGAAAUCUGAAACUUCCUCUGAGCACACGUGUCAGCUCUGCGGAGGCUGGUUUGAUACUAAAAUUGGAUUGUCAAAUCAUGUGCGAGGACACCUGAAGAGGCUUGGCAAAACCAAGUGGGAUGCACACAAGUCUCCGAUCUGUGUUUUGAAUGAAAUGAUGCAAAAUGAAGAGAAGUAUGAAAAAAUACUAAAGGCUUUGAAUAGUCGCCGUGUUAUUCCCAGACCCUUUGUUGCUCAGAAAUUUGCAUCAAAUGAUGACUUUUUAUCUCAGAAUGUUAUACCUCUCGAAGCAUACCAUAAUGGCCUAAAGACUGAAGAUAUAUCUGUGUCUGCAUCAGAGGAAGAAGGGCUGAGUUUCCUAAAUGAAUGUGAUGAAACAAAGGCAGUACUACAUAAUGAAAAAAAAAAUCAGUCACUUACACUGAUAGAACUUCUGAAAAAUAAAAGGUUAGGAGAAGAAAGGAGUCCUGGUAUUUCUUCUCAAAAGAUUCAUAAUCAAACUGCGAGAAAGAGGUUUGUUCAGAAAUGUGUUCUUCCAUUAAAUGAAGACAGUCCAUUGAUGUAUCAGCCACAAAAAAUGGACUUGACUAUGCAGUCAGGUAUGCCUGUGAAGCUUAGAACGUGUGUGCAUUGCAAUACGACGUUUACAAGUGCUGUUAGCCUGUCCAACCACUUACGCGCUUAUGCACGAAAGAAGAGUGCUGGACUUUUGACUGGGACAGCUUUGGACUGUAAGCAAAAGAAGUCAAGGUCAAGAUCUGGAAGCAAGAAAAAAAUGCUGCCAUUACCUCAUAGUGCUGAUGAAGUUUACAUACUCAGAUGCAGGUUUUGUGGUCUGGUCUUUCGAGGACCUUUGUCUGUGCAAGAAGACUGGAUAAAACACUUGCAGCGACACAUUGUCAACGCAAAUCUUCCACGGACUGGAGCUGGCAUGGUUGAAGUCACAUCGCUACUUAAAAAACCUGCUUCGAUUACUGAAACUUCAUUUUCUUUACUGAUGGCAGAAGCAGCAUCAUAGAACAAGAACACAUUUUCAAUUUGAAUUGGAUGUAAAUUUGAAAUACUUUGUCAUUUUUUUAAAUAAAUUGUUACACUAAAUUAUGUUUAUAAAUCCUAAAGGCAAAAAUAGAGGAAGUGGAUUACAAUAACAUCAAAAUAAAGUGAAUACUUAACAGUUACAGUAAGUAGUCUUUAUAUUUUAUAUAGGGUGGAAGAUGUGUUUUUAAGGUUUAUUAUGUUUUUGUCAGUUACUGUGUUCACUAUCAAUACAAGACCAUUACAUGUAUGGCAGCCAUUUUUAAAUCGUUGCACAUGGGUACUAAAAGACAGAUUUUAAUAAAACAAAGAAACCACAUUCUCUGCAGUGUUACCCAAAUCAAGGCUCUGUUUAUUCCAAAAAAAAAAAAAAAAAAAUUACAUAGUAAAAUAAGAUAUUAUAUUUUGUUUGUAUGUAUGUAGUGUUUUGUAUAAUAUCAAGAACUGCUAAUAACAAUUUACUCAACUUUAGGGCAUUAAAUACCAUGUUACUUCAUAGUUCAAGAGACUGUUUCAUUCAAAUAGGGCAAUUAGUACUCUUCUAUCUAGGUGUGUAAGUGUUUUUUUUAAAUCACAUGAGGCUUUUUGUACUAAAAAGUGGAGGGAAACUUGUCUAAACAAAUUUCUAAGAUAAAUAUGUACAUAAUACUGGAAAUUUGUGGUAAGGAAAUAUUCUUUACUUCAGUUGCAUUUCUCACUGACAAUAAAGUGGUGCAUCCAUGCUACCUCCUACUUGUCAACAAAGAUGGUAUUUACCCUUAUGUUUUUGUAUCAUAGUAGAUUCAAUCCAACUUUCUUUAUUACAAAGCAUCUUUUUGUUAACAAGUUUGUUCUUUAUGACGAUUUACUUAAAGUCUGACUUGCUUACAGAAGUUUGCCUCUCUACUAUUUUAUUUAACACUGUAGAAAUGUACUAAUAAGCAUUGCUCACUACACGGUUAGAGUAGACUUUUCAUUUAUAAUUCUGUUUAAAAGGUUGAUCAUUUUAGAAAAUUUGAACACAGGUUGAAAUGUUUCUACAUAUGAAGAGAAUGUUUACAACUUAAAUUUUAGAGCUUGUUUUGGAUGUGAUUAUAUGUAUGAAAACUGUAACACUAUGCUCAUGCUAAGGACCUACUUACAGAAUUACUGAAAUAAAUGUGCUGUGAGGAUGGAAAUAUGGUGCAGGUGUCUUGGUCAUGCUGAAUUGUGUUUGUUCAUUCAAACUGUCUUUGAAACAUGAUUUUUGUUUAAAUCAUAAGUCAGAUUCCUCUACAAAUCAAUUUUGUAUGCAAAUAACAUUUCAUUUUACUCAUGUAGGGUAACAAAUACUGUAGUUAAGCCAAGGAUAUGCAUUGAUAUUUUCCUUAUAUGUAAAUAAAGUUAAAAGCAGUUAAAGCAAGAGGAGUAUUUUGGUAGAGUAUAUACAUACCUCACUGCCAGUGAAAUUGCUUUCCUAUGGUAUAUCUCCUUACCAGAAAAAUCUCUAAAUAAAAAAGGUUUAAAGAAAAUCUAAA